AUAAGUGUGGAAUGGAAUUACUCUGAAUACAAUUUUGACUAGAAUAAGUGCAGCACAGAGAGAAGUGCGAAUCAGAGAGAGAAAGAGAGGCAUGGCUGCUGCAGGUCCAGAAAACGUCCCUCCUUUCAUCGCCGCUCAGCUUAGCCACCUCCUCUCCCACUUCGGUCUUACAGUCAAGGUUGAACAAAUGUGGUCGAGUGACAAAUACAACUCCACCCCCCUCGAUCGCUUCACCCUCCUCAUCCCCUACUGCUUAGACUUCAUCAAAUGGGAUGUUAUAUACGACGCGGAAUCUCCGAACACCGCCCCCGACGUUAUCUUUAGCCCCGAAGACGACGAUUUCCACCCCUUUCACAUGUUUCCUUCCUCCUCGGAACCCGCUAAUAACUGUUUGUCUGAUUGGAACUACAAAGACCCCACGCGUCUCUUAACCCUAAUUCAGUACUUGAGGGAUCAAUAUGUGCUUUAUCAGAGGAAGCGCGUCGGAGAAGUUGACGACGACCGGUUGACAUUCGAAAUCAGUACUAUCUUGUCCAGGGAGGGAAUAGAAAUGCAUAUGAGUUCUGGUGCUGAGAAGUCAGAGGAGGUUAAAUUUGCUGUGCCCCUACUGGACAUGAAUAUAAACAAGAUGGUGGCUUGCUGUCCCUGGAGAUAUUCCCAGAGGAUAUACUUACAGGUUGUAUAUCCUGUUGGAAGAAAAUAUAUGUCAGUGCCUUCAGCUCCUCGCCUGAAGUUAGUAUCUUCUCCUGAGCUGAAAGCUGUAUUUUCCAUUGAUGAUGUCAAGCUACCUCCUUGGUUGGACGGGAUGUGCUUGGCAGAAUAUCUUCCAAAUCUAGAAGAAUAUCUUGGGAAACAGGUCUUAGAGGCUGUUUCAUUAAUUGAAGUUAGAAGGCACUUCAUUGAAGCAUUAUCCAGUCCGUUAGGAAGGCCAGUUGAAGCUGAUGCUGUCUUUUGCAGGAAGGCAACUUUUCUUGCUGCAUCUGGUGUUUUCUCAUUCCUGGUACACCUCCUAAUUCCAACUCAAUUUCCAAAGCAACAGCCGGCUAUUAUGCUUCAAAGUUCACAGCAUUUUAAUUCGCAAAUGGCACCUAUGAAGUCACGUGUUAUGUCUGAUUAUCCAUGGAGUCCGAGAUGGGAACCAUCAAUGAUGGCUGAGCGUAUUUGUGAUUUUCUGGCAGAUGAGGCCUUGAACUUCAAGAGACAAUGCAGUGAGGGCCAAGUUCAGUAGUAACAAGGCCAUGGCAUGUUCAGCUCAAUCCCAAUGUCGUGGCAAUCUCUAGACCUGUUCAUUGGAAAUGUCUUUUUGCUCCUCUUUGUCAACGCAAUUUAUUUUGGAUCCAGUUUAAAUGAAUUGCCAUGGGAAUUUUUCUUGUAUUUUCACCAUCGUCAAAUUUUUGUAUCUCGUAGUGUAUGUUCUUUUGACAAAAAAAUUUACUAGGAUGAAUGGCCUUGGUAUACUUAUCGAAAGGCUUAAAUAUGUUUUUGGUUCCUGAUAAAUAUCUAUUUUUUGCGUUUGGUCCCUAAUAAAUUCUUCUUUUGGAUCAGGUCCCUAAUAUUUGAAAAAUUGUCUUAA